CUUAUAAGGUGGAGAGCUUUGGUCUCGCGUAUUGAAUUGCAGUCAUAUAAACAAGUGUGGGUUUACUAGUGCAGUAUACAGAGGGAGAUGAUGAAGGCAUGGGACCUUGUGCAGAACGACUGCAAUUCACACGCUGCACUGUGUAAUCGAAGUUCACUCAGUUAAAAUAUAACCCUAGCACCAUACGUCAGGAUAGAAUAGACGUUGAUCAUUACGCUAGAAAAAAAGAUUUAAUACAGUUAGCUCAGAUUGCUCUAUGGCGCUACUGCAGGUACAGACUAACGAGAUCCGACACAUGAGGUCAGCUAUGGAGUUGAUCGGUGUUAUAUGACGUUGAAGCCAUCAUCGAUCAAAAAAUGCAGCAAUAUUCAACUAAAUAAAUUCCCCAAGAUGUCGACAUGUCAGGUACCUAACCUAGUGUAUAAUUGAACUUUAAAAAUAUACAGAUUUUUCUUGGGCAGCUUACAUUGCAGUUAUCUAUCACACGAAACCAUCUCGAAAUCAUGUCUCGAUCAGUAAUCACCAACCUUUUCAAGCUUUCAAGCAUCGCCCCGCGGGUUCCGGCUGCCAGACCAGUUGUUCAGAAGACGUUCGUCGUUACUGGCAAUAGAACUCUCAACUCGCAGACCAUAUCUGAAAUCACCGCCAGAGAAAAGGAAUUCACAGGUCAGGACGAGCCUGUGGCGGGUGGUCCGACGGCACAAGCGCAAAAGAACGCCGACCAGCCCGUCAACUCCAAAGUCGUCUCCGAUGUCACUCAGGGAGAAAAGGAGCUAACAGGCCUGGAUGGUCCUGUAGCGGGCGGCCCUGCAGCUUUCGCUCAGAGCGUCGCCUCCUCUAAGACCAACCCUGUCCCCGAGCACGCGAGAAGGAUAGACUCACACACCAUAUCCGCAAUCAAUGAAGCGGAAAAGGAUCUUACAGGCCUGGAUAAACCUGUUAGGGGAGGCCCCACGGCGCGGGCCCAGAGCCACGCCAACGAGCCCAUCAACAGGAAGACUCUCCACGAUAUCACCGAGGGAGAGAAGACGAUUACCGGUACUGUCAGACCUAUUAAAGGCGGCCCCACAGCUAGAGUGCAGAGCGAAUUGACCAAGAGUCGAUCUUGAGAAUUUGGGAAGUGGCAGGCCAAAAAGUACCUAUCUAUGUGUUAUGAUAUGGUCGCCUGCUUCUGUGAUUCAAUAUCUCAUCCUCAGCU